AUGACCCUGGCCAAACUCCCCAUCCCUCCACCACCGGAGAGGGCACUUGCAUGCCUCCCAGCCACCCGUCCUGCCAUUCUACCACAGGAGAGAGAACUUACACUUCUCCCAGCCAUCUGCCCUGCCCAGCCCACUCUGGAGAGUACCAGCGCUCCCCCCAGCUGCAUGCCCUGCCCCUACCCUGCAGAAGACAGCACCUGCAUUCUUUCUCACCACCAGCCUCACUCCUCCUUCAAUGGACACAGGACAAGCGCUACCUGUGGCUACCCUCUUCUCCCCCAUCAGAAAGAGCACCAGCGCUCCCCCCUGACCUCUAGCCCCACACCUACCCCACAGGAAACAGCAUUCAUGAUCGACCCCUCCUUCACCAGACAGAGUGCCAGCACUCUCCAAGGCAAACCAUCUCACCCCUCCCCCAGCAGAGAGACCAUCUGUGCAACCCCCAGCAACCCAUCUACCCCUCUCUUGUCAGAGAUGCCACCUACACACCGCUCAGAUGGCUACCUCACCCCUCCUGCACCAGGGGGAGUGCCUGCAUGCCCUCUCACCAAAUUCCCAACACCCCCCCCAGUAGAGAGAGUGCCUUCACACCCCCUGUAUACCCUCCCUACUCCUUGCACAUCACCUGCCCUCCCAAUGAGUGACUGUGAGCAUUCCUGUGCCAUCAGAUAG